UGCCACGUCGUGUCUCAGAGCGCCCAGGCCACGGGCCCCGAAACUCGUACCCCUAAAAAUCGUAUCGGUUCGAAAAACAGAAAUAUUCGAUUAUAACAAGUACUAGUCGUACCAGAUUUACCGGAACUGGGAAAGUGAGUGCCGUGCUAGGAAUACUUUUUGGAAUCCUUUUUCAAGAAAAUAAACCCACCGCAACCAGCAGCAUCCGUCAUGCAGGUCUUCGAUAACAAUAUGCGCCGUGCCUCGCGUCGUGCCUCCUUGCGACGAGGUUCGAUCUCGGCCCUGCCCCAGAAAUCGCAUGAGAUACCCUGGGACAUCUUCGAGCGGCUGUUCAUGCCCUUCCUAUUCUGCCAGGCUGCUGCCAUCGUGACCUCUCACCUGCUCCACGCCCUGGACAUGUCCAGCAUCUCGACCUUCGCCGUCUUCGUCUGGUUCGCCCUGGCCACCGUGGGAGCCGUGCUCUUCUACCAUUUCGUCAAGGUAUCCGCUUCGGGCAAGGGCGUGCUAAUCACCGGCUGCGAGACCCCACUGGCCUGGUAUCUGGCCAAGAAACUGGACGACCUGGGCUUCACCGUCUACGCCGGCUUCAACACGCCCAUCGAGGAUUCGGACGAGGCCAAGAUUCUCAAGGAGGAGACCUCGGGACGCAUGAAGCUGCUGCAUCUGGACGUUACGUCGGAUAAGACCAUUUUGGAAGCUGCUCGCUUUGUGUCGCAGCAUUUGCCCCAUGGCGCCGAGGGAUUGUGGUCCGUGGUGCACUGCGCCCACUGGGUAGCUUUGGGCGAGCUUGAGUGGAUUCCAUUUGCCGUGCUUCGCAAGAGCUUGGACCUCAACCUUCUGGGUGCCGCCCGCCUUACCCAAAUAUUCCUGCCCCUGGUCCGCCGUGCCCAUGGUCGCGUGGUCUUCCUGACCUCCGGCCUGAAUCGCGUGCCAUCUCCCGUCCGUGGAAUCCAGUGUGCCACCCAGGCGGCCGUGGACUGCUUCGCCGCCUGUCUGCGCCAGGAGAUGCGCACCCGGGGAGUGGAUGUGUCCGUGGUGGCUGCCGGAGAGUUCGCCCCCGGCAACGGCUGGCUGAACGAGACCGAGCUGCGUGACCAGGCCAAGCAAAUGUGGAACCAGCUUUCCUCGGAACAGAAGAAGACCUACGGCGAGGAUUACUACGAGGCGGCCAUGACGUCGGUGGAGAAGUAUUCGCGCCAGGCGGCCGAUAUCCAGCCCACGCUGCGCGUCCUCAUCGAUGCCGUUACCAGGACCUUCCCCAUGGCCCGCUACACUCCGGUGACGGCCACCGAAAAGCUGCAGAUCUUCCUGGCCGAGCACCUGGCCCCCUCCCUCUACGAGUCCAUUUACGGGGAGCAGAAGAAGUUCAUCUACUGACCACCCCGUCCAGAUCCUUUGUCCACCGAAACGGCCUGAUAUUGUUAUUCGGAAAUUGUUAUUCAUUUAUGAUUUUCCCCGAAAUCCACCAUAUACCAUCCCCCCCUGCUCCUUGGUGCGCGUGAAGGAAGGACAUCCAGAAAAAAAGGAAACUGUAGCCGGGAGCACUGUUCGAGGAGCUCCGCCAGUCGAUGAGCAUUUACGUCCUUCUCUCGAUUAUUCCCAUCAUUUUCCCUUCACGGAGGCGUCUCUGUGGGCGCCUGCAUAAUAUUAUUUUCUUUAGUUGCUAGAACGAAUUGUAUAACGAUGAAUAAAAUGAAAUGGAAACAAUAGAAACCUGAA